CCUGUACAUUCAUUCGUGAUGCCUCUCCCUGACGAGGUCAAUACUCUACACGCACACAAAAAGUUGCCAAUCUCAUUGGAAAGUUCGAGCAAGUGAACAAACGGAACGUGGCUUCCAAUGCGAAUACGCCCCAGCCUCCUCCCCAACCCAUCAAAAUACCUUCUAGAAUGACGCCAUCACAAGAACCCACGAACGCAAUGACGCUUGCUGAUGACUUCAAGAAGGAUGCGUUUCAUCUCGAGGCGGAAUCGAUUCCCAAAGAAAGCAGGUUGGACACGACCCCGAGCUCGCCCGGAACCUCGCGUGAGCCUGCUGUCAACAGCGAGGUUGCCUCUGAGACUCCCAUCCAGGAUAAAGCUGAGAGCAAUUCUCCUCAUCAAUCAGAGAUGCCUGAACCCAAGGUCGACCCCACACCAUCAUCGACGGACCGACUUACGGUUCCGAGAAAGACCUCUGCGUCUUUGCGUAAUGCCUCGAAGCCAUCGACGCCUGCGAAGACUAUCACCACUACUCCGAAACCCUCGCCUUCGACUCGUGCUACUCCAUCAGUCGCAGCGGUGAAACUCUCGUCACGUCCGUCCGCCACCGUCACUCCAUUCGUUCAGGUUCAGGUGCUUAAGCCUCAGCCCACUGGAGCAUCUGUUACCGCUACCCCUCCUCCCACCACAAGAGCAGCGCCACCUACCACAGCUUCUAAUCUUCGCGCUAAGACUCCAUUGGUAACGACUCCGAGAACGAGCACGUCUCGGCCGCCGCUGACCGCACCCACCGCAUCUUCGUUGGCGAAGGCUCGUACCGCACCUGUCACUGGAAAUGAGACGCCGAAGGCAAGAACUACUGCAGCCACAAAGAACCCUCCGUCGGCAAUGAAGCCGUUCGCGGGCAAGGCGACGGCCGCCACACCUUCAGCCCCGAAGGUCCCACAAACACCUGCGAGGAGUGUAAAGGCCUCGCGCCACAGAACGGCCUCCGCCGUCCUCGGGCAAGUCUUCCAGGGGGUGGACCCUCUGCCGCGGCAUUAGCCGCCCGAGCGAAGGUGGGAGCAAAUGCGCCCCCAGUACCGUCCGUCCGCAAAGAUGCGCCAAUCAAUGAAGUGCCAGCCUCCGCCGCUGACACUGUGGCUGUGGUUGAGCCUCAGCAUCCAUCA